UAUGUUUAUCGUACCAGGCAGGCGGUCAACACUCACACGCACAGGCAGUACUAGUGUGAUAAGCCACGCACGUCUGCUGUGUUGUUUCAGUGCACGUACAAGAUGGGCAACCUCCUAAUACCGCCGAACAAAGAAGACACCGUGACGGCAAAACAGACAAAAGUUGCGGACGAAUUGCCUUCUGCUUCAACAAGCACGACUAUCCCAGACAGUCCAGACGACAAAACAACAGAUUCUACAGCGGCGGGUCGGGACACAAGUGACCUUCAGGAAGAAGGUGUGACUGUGAACGAGAUCAACAAAAGAGUAUUGGGGAAGCUGAUAGUGGAGAAAGUUGGGAACGAGGGUGCUGACGUCACGGCACGGGCGGCAGUACUGAGGACCGCCCUUCAGCGGGCCAUCACACAUCUGGAGAGUCAACCCGCCGAGGUUUGGCAGAAUGCUGAAUUAGAAAUUAUUGACAAGUAUGGGCAGGUGUAUCACAUCCGUGCGGGACAGGCCGAGAACAAGUUCGUCCUGUACCACGACGGGACGGACAACAUCAAGUUCACCUGCAGGGAGAAGGCAACGUGGAAGUGGCCAUGGCAGUGGGGGAGUUCUCAAGAAAAACCCAAGGCAUUGGAGGACAAAUCUUCCCUGUAGCACGUUUCGUGAUUACAAAAGAGACUAGAAAAGUAACAUUUGCAAAGCAAAUGCAUAAUGUUUACCUUCGCUGCGCAUAUGGUCUGCUCAGGCUGUUAAUUCUUAUUCAAAC